GAUCGAGGGGCGGGGCCAGGCCUUAAAGGGUCGAGGGCCAGGGAAGACUGGCGGUGGCUGCUGCGAAACGCAGGGAGGGGAUGCCACGUGGGCCUAUGUGGGUUUCUUUUAAAUCUCUAGUGCCCAGACCCUAGUCUUAGGCCCAUGGAGCCCACGCAGGACUACCCACUGUUUGGGGGCGCCUUCUCAGCCACUCUCCCUCCCGGGGCCAUUGACGUAAGCGACCUUCGACCAGUCCCGGACAAUCAAGAAGUUUUCUGCCAUCGCGUGACAGACCAGAGCCUGAUCGUGGAACUUCUGGAGCUGCAGGCCCACGUGCAGGGUGAAGAGGCUGCUCGGUACCACUUUGAGGAUGUUGCUGGGGUGCAGGAGGCUAGAGCUGUACAAGUGGAGGCUGUGCAGCCCCUCCCUUUGGAGAACCUGGCCCUGAGGGGCUGCUGUCAAGAAGCCUGGAUCCUCUCUGGCAAGCAGCAGGUAGCGAAAGAAAACCAGCAGGUAGCAAAGUAUGUGACAUUGCACCAGGCCUUGCUGCGGCUGACCCAAUACCAGACUGAUCUCUUGCUCACCUUCAAUCAGCCCCCCCCUGAGAAUAGGUCAUCUCUUGGCCCUGAAAAUCUGUCACUUCUGCCCUGGAGCCUGGGUGACUUUGAACAGCUGGUGACCAGUCUGACCCUUCACGAUCCCAACAUCUUUAGUCCCCAAUAAAGAAACUGAAAUGCUGCACGAUCAUGAUGCUGCUGAAGACCUGGAGCCCCUAUUCUGCAAGGGGAGCAAGGGGUUGGAUAUAGUCCCCUAAUUCCUUCCCAGUGCAUAAACAUAAGACACCUCCUCUCUGCAGAAAUAAACUUGCUUUAUAUCCAA